UCCAUGGAGUUAUUACUGAGCCCCAGGGCUGCUGUUCCCUGGUUCUCCUGGCAGCAUCGCUGCAUCAUUCACUGUCUGCUAACAAGGAAGCAACCUCAGCUGGCAUUAAGGUACCUCCACUGGACCAGACCCACAAUAGAGAGCGCUGAAGAUGCUAAGCUCUGUGCAGAUGUACUACUUCAGAACAGGUGUGUCUCUGAAGCCUGGGCUCUGCUGAAGAGAGGCCACACAGAAAGCAAUGACAUGGUCAUGUACUUCCUCAAGGCUUGUCAUGGAGUUGGUCUGUGUACAGAGGCUUUAAAGUACAUCCCUCCAGGAUACAGGAAUGGUAAAGAAGACAAUGUCAUUUUUAUUGAGACUGCAGGAUCACAAUUUCCACUGAAGAAGACAGGAAGGCCACCCUGCCCCCUGUCUGCCGAACUGUAUCAGGCUCUUACAGUGAACACAGUGUCCCCAGAGGAACUGGUCCAACUGGUCAUAAAGGCUGCGAUGGAAGUGAGAAAGCCACAUCCUAUGAUAAGCGAGGUGGUGUGGCCAGAGCACGCAGAGGGAAAAUCGAACAUUAGAGGGAUGCUUCUGUCAACCGAGGCUCUGCGUCAUCUCACGCCCAGCCCCUCCCCAGUUGAGGUGGCAGAAGAAACAGAGCAGACAGCACAUACAGAUGAGCCAGAAACAGAACAGUCGAUUCAAAAUCAAUCAGAGUCUCCAGAGCACAUUUCUUCUUCUGAGGAUCUGAGCUCUGUGUCCAUGUCCUCCUUCACCUCAGCCUCCUCCUUGCCUUUGUUGAGACUGGACCGUCCAUAUGUCUAUGAAAGUACCUUGACUUUGCAGAGGAUCUCAUCUCUGCUCAAUGAUGAAGAGAACCAAAACAGGGAAGAGGAAGAAGAAGAAGACGACAGCAGAACCCCUUCAUCAACUGACCACUUGCCAGAUUGCCCUGAGCAGACAGUGACACUAGAUGGCGCCACAGACUCCAUUUUCCCCAGCAACUGGAACAAAGACGCUUUGGCCAAGCUGGUGCUUUCCACAGCAGAGAGAGAAGAUGAUUUUAAGACAGACGUUUUCACAGGGGAGGACUUUCUCAGUGUUGAUGCAGUUUCAGGACCUUCCACGGAUGAAACACUUCUUGUAAAUAAGAGCUCUGAGGACAGCCAAUCAGUGCCCGAUCUCUGUGAGCCCCAGGUGGAGAAGCAGAGUGUCGUCUUACGUGACAAUGAGAAAAUGGUCUGCUCUAAAGGACUGUCUGAGGAAGUUAUGGCUCGUGGUCACUCAGAUGUCACUGAUCGGUGGACCUCUGCAGUGUCACUCAACCAAGAGGACCAAUCAGAUUGUACCCCAUAUGAGAUUUUCACUCUUAGUGAGGCACGCACCUUUGACCUUUUCUUUGGAGAGGAACUUCAUCAGAAAACAUAUGAGUAUUACCGACAAGAGGAUGAAACUAGAUGCUCCCAUCAAGGCUUCCCUUCUGCCAUGUCUGAAACCACUCAGGACCUGCUGACUGACCCCCACCACAGCCUUCAGUCUGAAGAUCCUGUAGCCAGCAGCUCAAGGGCUUCAGCAGAUAAUAAGAGGCCUUCUGUUAUACUGAACCAACCGUAUCCCUACAGUCUGGUCAACUUUAAGGAUUUCACUGCAAAGCAAAAAGGAGACAACAUAGAUGGCAAACAGGCAGACAAAGAGGAGCCUGUAGGUUGGAGUAGUUUGGGGAGGGGUUCACAAGGUGCCAUAAGAGGUGGGAGAUCACGAUCAAGGAAAGGGAAACGAGUGAAGAAAGCCUGAAGAUUUAGUACACGGAUGACACACAGGAUGGCUCAUGGAGGACUAAACUGAAUGAGAAAUAUAUCCUCUAAGUCUUUUAACAUGCUGCAUCUUUCUUUUGAUUCAGAAAUACAUUUUGAAUCUAAAUCUGGAUUUGAUUUAUUAACCUCAAGCAUUAUAGUCAAGGUUUACUCACACCUGGUCAUAUGACUGGUUUGAUGAUCACCACAUAGACAUUUCACCUUGACCCCAUCCAUCUCAUCAGUCACCUGGCCAUUAUUCUGAUGGCUGCUGCCACUGCUGCCUCCAUCAGCAGCCUUUCCCACCCAGUGAUAUUGUCCUGCCACACCCUCUUCCACUGUAACUCCACGUGUCAGAAACACUCACUCAAUAAUGAAUU